AUGAAAUUAAAAGCUGUAGUACGGAGAAUUGCGACUCGGUCGACAGAUUCGCCGUCUCCACUAGUCGCUCUUAACAGACAAAACCCCUCUAGUGUACUCAAUCUCACACAGAACACUAUUGUCAGUCAAUUACUGCAAACUAAUCGCGAGAUCGGGCUUGCAAGCAAGAUUCGUGUGAAUAGAUUUUUUGUAGCCCUAUUUAAAGGAAAUACCAACGAGGCCGUUACUUGUAUCCAAGGUCUCAGGAAAGACUUUCUUCGGCAGAAGAAUGAGAAAGGUCAAGUGUAUAUAUCGUGCUUAGUGUCGUUACUCUCGUAUUUAUUGAAGGAUUUUACAGGUAAGCUCCAGUCUCGGAAUCUCACAGGGAUAUCGCAGGAAAUCCUCAAGAUUCCCAAGGAUGUCGGUCUGGAAUCCCAACCCGAUGUGGACUACAUCCACAAGCUAACGGUUUUGCUCUUUUUGAAAUGUCUUAAAGGAACAAACAGGAACGAAAGCAUUGAAUAUCUCAACCUCGUCACCCAUAUCAGAUUGCUCUUGAAGAAGUUUGAUUGCACACCAGAGGAUAUCUUGGAGGCUAUAGAGACCGAACAAGUCGAUGUCAUUGAGCAGUACAAUAUCAUUUUCGCUCAGAAUUUGGCUGUUCCGUCUGCCAAUGCUAAUGAUCCAAGCAUUGAUGUAUCAAAGUAUGCGGACGAGCAUGGAAACCUUAGCUUCGAGUCUCUUUGUAGUUUGAUAGAAGAACAGACAUUCGAUGCUCUGGCCUAUUCCAAAACCAAACUCAAGUUGUAUGAGACGUACGACCGCUUGGACCAGGACCAAAAGCGAGCUUUCAUGGAUGAGUAUCUUCAAUUCAACCGUGAAAAACAACUUUUGAUAGAAGGUCAUUGUCACAACAUCAGCAAAGCAUACUCAUUCGGAAAGAAAUUCACUGAAUUUAGUCUCCUACAUCAAACUUGGUUUAGAACAUGGGUCGGUGCUGUUGUGAACGGUAUUAAAAAACUCUCAGAAGAACAGUCUUCCUUCAAACGGUACGAUUUUAUCGUAAACCUGCUUACAGAACACACUUUGGCCUCUAUGUGCGUAUCGCAUAUGAUUGCUAGUUCCAUUACUUCGGCAAAUGUCAAGGUGUUACCUUUAACUCAGCAGUUAUGGCAUGUUACAUGGAGUGAAUUGAGGAAAUUAAAUGCAUUCGACAAGAACACUCAAAUCCGACAAAUCUUUCAACAGGAAGACGCAAUCAAAUUUUUCAGCGAGAUCGUCAAUAUCACCAUCAGCUCUUGCAAAUUGCCACCUGAGUAUCCCUUUACCGAAAAUCUUGAGCUUGGAGAUGAGUUCGGCGACCGGAUAUUUUCUCACAAGCUUGCGAAGCCUGAGCUGGAAUUUUCCAAGUACAAACUUUAUGGCGUCAUCAACUUGCAUCCUUAUGUCGCCGAAUCUUUUAGGUCUUACCUGGAUUUUCUUGCCAUAGGCUCAUACAGACUUCCCAUGCUACAUCCGCCCAAAAAAUGGGACUCUCCGAGUAAUGGCGGUUUUUUGUCAUUCUCUGUUCCUUUAAUCAAGUCAUCCCAGCCGCAUUCGUUUGAAAUUGUUGCACAACUGGCCCAUAAUACAGGGCAAUUGAGCUCUUUUUACGAGUCCUUGAGCGCCCUAGGCUCUACUCCAUGGGCUAUCAACCCAUUCACACUACAGGCAUUUACCGAUGCUCUUUCAAAUGAUAAGAUGACUAAUCUUGCAAUACCCACGCUAGCACGUAUCCAACACGACCUGACAGAGCUUUCGAAACAAUUAGAUAUGCACAAACAAAAGUUAGAGCCUGCUCUGCUUCAGAUCACAAAAAUCAAACAAAAGAAACUUCAAUUAUCUAGAGACAGGGAUGGUUUGGUUCUGUUUUAUACCAUGAUCUGCCGUUUUGCGCAAAGCCUAUCGAAGAGGGGCGAGGUAUUCUACCUACCACAUAAUCUGGAUUUUCGGGGCCGAGUCUAUCCAUGUGUUUCAUUUUUAUGCACUCACAAUGAUGAUUUAGUACGAUCAUUGAUGAUGUUCUGGGAGGCAAAAGAGCUUGGACCCAAGGGGUAUGACUGGCUAAGAUACCAAUUGGCAAACUUGCACAGCACCAAGAAAUUGGAUAUGAAGGAAUCAAUAAGCUUUGUCGAGGCAAAUAGGAAAAAUAUCAUCGACUCCGCUGAAAAUCCACUCGAGGGCGAAAGAUGGUGGGCCUCCGGAGACUCCCCGUGGCAGUCUCUUGCAGUAUGCAAGGAGUUGAAUUCUAUUUGGAACUUUGAAGGAGAUAUUGCAGAUUACAAAAGCAGAAUUCCAAUUCAUCAAGAUGGUUCGUGCAAUGGUCUUCAGCACUAUGCAGCUCUCAGUGGAGACAAAAAAGCUGCAGAAUCUGUGAACGUCUUGCCAAGCAAACAGAGACAAGACGUUUAUUUGAUGAUCUUAUCCCUUGUCAAAGCACGGGUGCUUCAUGAUUCGACUGGAGAGGAGAAUUCAGACUUGGCUAAGCUUGUAUUGCCCUUUCUCCAGAGGAAGCUUGUAAAACAGACUGUGAUGACAUCUGUGUAUAGCGUCACUCUUUAUGGGGCUACCAAACAGAUCCAGGGACAACUCGAGGAUUUGAUAAUGAUGAAUCGGGACGACCCAGCGUUGCAGGUGCUUGAGACUCAGAAAGCUCGUGCUUCUUCGUAUAUUGCUAGACAUGUCUUGGGCUCGAUUAACGAAUUAUUUCAUGGAGCACAACUCAUUCAGAACUGGCUCAUCGACAAUUGCUCUCGAUGUCUCCAGUCUUUUGAUCCCAAGGAAAGUGACGAUCCUAGCUACGACUUUUUCGACAAAAAGCACUAUGAGCCUUUUAUGUGGACUUCGCUUUCAGGAUUUCCAGUAGUGCAAUACUAUCGAAGUAUGCCCUCGAAGAGAGUCGUCACUUCGCUACAGACGGUUCGAAUGAGAAAGGAAAUCGAGAAUUCACCAAUUGACCAGUUUAAACUGAGAAACGGCAUAGCUCCUAAUUUCAUUCAUUCUGUGGACGCCACUCAUUUGCUCAUGACAGCUUUGGCAGCACGCACAAAUAAUAUUACCUUUGCAGCAGUUCAUGAUAGCUUCUGGACGCAUCCAUCGGAAGUUGAGGUCUUAUCACAUCUUAUACGCGAAGAGUUUGUUCGUUUGCAUAAAUCUGAAGUCAUGGAAAAUAUGCUCGCUGACUUAACUCAUGUUUACUCAAAAAAAGUGCAACUCGUAUGGGUUGACCGAAACAGCAAAGAAAAUGAACGCUUCAUGUCGGCUUUGCAAUCAUUGAGAAGCGGAUACUCGGACCUGAAGGAGCGUAUAAGUCUUCGAGACUUCAACAGAGUACUUAAGCACGAAGCAAAAAAUCUUCUGCCAAUCAUUGAACUAGUUGAGGAUCAUAAACCUGAGUUGUUGUUUCAGCCAACCACCUCCGGUGAAUUGAUAAUCUACGAUGAUUCUCCUACAGUCAAAGCAAAAGACGCUGUUUUUUGCAAGAAAAAUUAUGUACCUCUUUUGGUUCCUGUGAAGGUAUUGAAGCUACCCAAAUUCGGAACGAUAGAUUUAGACCUGGUGAAGGAAAGCACGUUCUUCUUCUCAUAA